ACCAUGACUGGCAAAACACAGACCAGUAAUGUCACCAAUAAGAACGACCCCAAGUCCAUCAACUCCAGAGUCUUCAUCGGCAAUCUCAACACAGCCAUUGUCAAAAAGGGUGACAUAGAGGCAAUCUUUGCAAAGUAUGGAAAAAUUGUUGGCUGCUCAGUCCACAAAGGUUACGCUUUUGUACAGUACAUGAGUGAGAGGCACGCAAGAGCUGCAGUGGCAGGAGAAAAUGCCAGGAUCAUCGCAGGGCAGCCACUAGACAUCAAUAUGGCAGGAGAACCCAAACCAUACAGACCAAAGCCAGGAAACAAGCGGCCAAUUUCUGCUCUCUACAGACUUGAAUCAAAGGAGCCUUUUCUGUCCGUUGGCAGUUAUGUCUUUGAUUAUGAUUACUACAGAGAUGAUUUCUACAGUCGAUUGUUUGAUUACCAUGGCCGGGUCCCUCCACCACCUCGUGCAGUGAUACCACUCAAACGUCCACGUGUAACAGUCACAGCAACUCGCAGAGGAAAGGGUGUGUUUUCCAUGAAAGGAGGAUCACGAUCUGCGUCAAGUGGUACUUCUUCAUCAGGAUCCAAAUUGAAAUCAGAUGAGUUGCAAACAAUCAAGAAGGAAUUAACUCAAAUCAAAACAAAAAUUGACUCUUUGCUAGGGAGACUGGAGAAGAUUGAAAAGCAGCAGAAGGCUGAAGCAGAAGCCCAAAAGAAACAAAUAGAAGACAGUGCUGAAUUGAUCCAAGAGGAAUGUAUAUCAGAGAAUGCAGAUAACUCAACAGAAGAACCAAUUGAAGGAGGACUAGAUGCAGAUGGUGAUGGAGAAGAGAUGACUGAUGGCAUAGAAGAGGAUUUUGAUGAGGAUGGAAGCAGUGAGCUGUUUCUACAAAUUAAAUGAAUUGGAAAUCCCAU